UACAUCGAACAGUCCCAGCUUUAAUUAGAGCUAUUUUCCCGGUAAUUUUUAAACAUUUUAUUAGAACGAGAUUCAAUAAAUUGCCUGAAAUAUUUCCUUAUAUUUAGCUCAUAAUCUGUUCAUUGUUACAUUGUUCAGUUCCUAAUUUAUGUUAAAAUUUUCUGUUUGAUUUAAUCUUUGAAAUCCUGCAUUCCUGGUUUUACAAAUCUGGUUCAACGUUUGAUCCGUCAAUUGGAAUUGGAAUCCUUUCAUUUAAAAGUUUAUUUUUGUUAAUCAGAUUGACCUCUUCGUUUGAGUAAUUUAAAUGUCUCCAUGGUCAUGGGUUUAUUCAAAGUUGGUGAUAUUGUCGAUGAAUCUGAACCUUUUGCUCAUGUACUGAAUGACGACCUUAAAGGAGAACGAUGUGAUUAUUGUUUUAAAUUAUGUGAAUCUCUUAGCCGCUGUUCCAACUGUAAAUGGAUGUACUAUUGUGACAAAAGAUGCCAAUUAUCCGACUGGAAGACUGCUCAUAAAUAUGAAUGCAAAGAGUACAAAUUAGAUAUUGAUCGGGAUUCAAAGCUAUUUAUUCGAGCCCCAUUCACACGACUUCUUUUGCGCUUGUUAUUUAUAAUAUCCAAGAAUCCUGCCAGAGCAACUCAAAUGUUCAAAACUUACAAUGAAAAGGAAAGGUGUUUCAAUGAUUUAAUGGACCAUGUAGAGGAUAUUAAAUUGAAUGAAAAAUCGACUCGUUGGUAUUUAGCUCAAGAAACCUUCAACAGAUUUUGUUGUAUUGGUAGUUUGAAUGUUGAUGCGAAUCAAUUUUUCUCAACAUUCGGUAAAAUUGUUAUUAAUUCAUUUUCAAUCUUGAACAUAUCUCUCAACGAAAUAGGAACAGGUCUCUACAUGUCAGCAUCAAUUUUUGACCAUGAUUGUCAGCCUAAUUGUUCCCCCAUUUUUGAUGGUGUUAAACUAUCAAUACGUUGCGUGCGAAAUUUUGACAGCUUGAAGGAGCCAGCAACCAUAACCUAUAUCGACUUGAAAUUACCAAGAGACGAACGACUGCUCAAAUUAAAAGACCAAUAUUAUUUUGAUUGUACCUGUACUCGUUGCUCAAUAGAUGAAGAGGAUACCAUUGGACGUCGUUUAAUUGAACUGAAUGAAAAAUUUGAUGAUUAUAUUGAAUCAGGUAAUUGGGUAAAAGCAUUUACAAUGGGUUUGAAAACAUUACCUUUGUAUGAAAAAAUAUACAAAACCUAUUACGCCGAUUUCACUGUUCAAUUGAUGCGUUUAGCCAAAAUUCGAGCCAACAUUGUUAAUGGACCCCAAGAUAGUGACGAACUUGUUUUUUUAAUUAAUCGAUUACAACAAGCUAUUCAAAUUACCCAUGGUAAAGAUCAUCCUAUGUACAAGGAAGAAUUUGCUCAAUUAACUGGACUUGCCUGACAACUUUUUCCUCUCCUCUCUCUCUCUCUCUUUAUGUGUUUUUCCCUUUCUAUAUGUUAACCCAAAAUCAUCUGGUAUUUUCUUUGCACAUUUCUGGUUUUCUGUUGCAGGUUCACCAGCUUUAGCCAGAUCUAUUGAAUGUCAUAAUUUUCCUAUUAUUUAAUUAUUUACACUAAUUUUUUCCGUUAGUUAAUUAUUUUCUCUCUAGGAUUUGCUCAAUUUAUCUAUUUACUUAUUGUGGUGAUAAUUAAUUGUAAAUGAAUGUUUAAAGUGCCUGUAAUCAGUGUUUGUAUAAACUCUUUGUUUCACUUUUGGUUUUGGCGGUAGUUUUUUCCUCUCUCUCUCGCUCUCUCUAAUCUUGCUUUUCAAAUUGCAUUUUUCUCAUAUUUCUCUGUUGGAUUAAAUUGUCUCUUUAAUUUUUAAAUUCACUCUUAUACAUCACCUCCAGUUGUGAUUCAUUGUGAGACUGUAAAUUUUGAAUCAUCAUGAUUAAAUCUAGUUUAUCAAAUUUAAAAAUGAAAACUGAGACAAACAAGCAACUCAACAGUCACUUUA